CUCGCUCGGGUGACCCUGCUGGGGACGCCUGCACCCCACGGCGCCAACGUUUGGCUGCGUAAACGCCCGUUAAUCCCGGCCCCGCCCCCAGCUCGCCCCUUCUGGGCACCUAGACGGUGCGUUGUCGCUCCAGACCCUCGAUGUGGAGAGGUCUGCCUUUGCUCCGGCCGUGCGAAGGGCGGAGACCAGCCAAGUUUACUAGUGUCCUCAACGCCCUGCCUGGGCGCGUGUGAAAGUGGGUGGAUGUGUUUAUGUACCCGCUUUUCCCCGCCCCUUCUUUUUCCGCCCUCUCGCACCCCGCCUCGAGGCUAGCGCGCCUCCCCAACCUCCCUCUAACCAGUACUAGCAAACCGCUGUCGGAGGAGCGUGUUUUCCAACCCCUUCCCACCUUCCACUCCUUCACGUGUGCGCGUCGUUGAGACUCCAGCCCCCAGCGGGCUCCACGGCCGGGCUCCGAAGGCCUGCGCGGGCGGAACUGGCGCGCUACCCGAUGGGAGUGGUAGUUCCCAGGGACCGCAGGCGUCCUCCCCCGCCCUGGCGCCUUUGCCCAGGCGGAGAAGCCGUUUCACCUACCCGAAGUCUCAUUGGGUAUGGCACAACGGGAAGGGGCGGUGCUGCCGCGACGCAGAAGGAAAUAAAACCGAAAACCUAGGUCGCCUGGAAGAGGAUACUACUACGAAGAAUUCUCUGUACCUGUUUAAUACGGGAAGUUAAGCUAUAAGAUGGCUGGCACUCAGGAAGCUUGACUACCUGAAAUCCGGAGGAACGGGCAGGCGUGGGUCCGACAUCUAUUACUUGUCUUCAGCGUGAGGCUUGGAGACGGAAGGACAUUCACAUUGCCUGGUGCCAUUUCCUAUGACAGAUUGUGAAAUAGAGCCUAGAGAAGAGAAGGGACGUAUCCAAGAUCACAGACCCGGGAAAUUAAUGUUCAUGGUGGCAGGAGGGACGAUUUCACUUUCCGGAUCACCCUUAAACCCAAGGCUCUUCUUGCCACAUCUUUUUGGGCAGUAAAAGUCCCGCCCCUUGUGCUCUUUCUUCGUGAUUUUCUAGCUUCCCUCUCCCCAAACACACAGAAUAGUUGAGACCGUAAUGCAGAAUGAGAUGUGCCCCGUCGAUCCUAUAAACCCAGUUAUUAGCAAAGUAGAAAAUGAUUUGCAGAGAUGUCAAGAAAUUUGGCCGCGUCUACCUUCCUUCUCUAUCAUCACUCAGAAUGUUUCUGCAGUGCUUUAGCUUUCGGAACUCUGCGGGCAGAUUCUGCUGGCUAGGAAUCUUGGAAUAAAGAGUCAGAGACCGUUCAAGUGCUUUGUUCAACACUCAGUUUAAACUAGAAUUAUUAUUAUUUUUAAUAGACCCAUUUAAAAGAACGGCCAAGCGUGGGAACCAGUUAGCGCGGAUCGAGACCCCUACCGGACUUACUUUGCCAGUUCUCAGGAAGGGGAGGGCUUUCUAACUUCACUCGCCGGAAGUAUUUUCCCUCAAGUUCCCGGCUGUUCUGGCUGCUCGGCUUUCCGUCUCCCGGUUCGACGGUGUCAACAAUAUGCUUCCGAAUCAGCCCCUCCAUUUAGCCGUAAAAAUAAUCUAACCAGAACUACCUGGCCUGUUCCUGGACAAGUCUUUUGAUAAGGUCCAGUAUGCUUCACCUCAUCCGAAAGUUUUCUCGAGCAUCUUCAAAGAUGCUGAAGUACCCUUCAAUAAUGGGACUAGGAGCCAGCAAGAAAUUAGAUAGACUUUGUCUCAAGACCUCUUUCGAGCAGAACUUUUCUCCUUUGUUCCCACGGCCUCAGCUCCUCUCGUCGUUUCCAGUGUGUAUGAGCAAGACACAAUGCUAUCAUACAUCCCCAUGCAGCUUUAAGAAGCAGAAGCAAGCAGUGCUCCCAGCCAGGCCACCAAGCACCAUCACCUACCUGCCUCACAGCCCAAAGCCAGCAUUAUACAUAACUCUGGCAGGACUGAUCCCCUUUGUUGCCCCACCACUGGUCAUGAUGAUGUCAAAGGCUUACAUCCCGGUGCUAGCUUUAACUCAGAUGGCUUAUGGAGCCAGUUUCCUAUCUUUCUUGGGAGGGGUCAGAUGGGGUUUUGCUCUGCCAGAAGGCAGUCCAGCCAAACCAGAUUUCCUUAAUUUAGCUAACAGUAUAGUUCCUAUUAUGUUUUCAUGGUUUGCCUUCCUUAUUUCUGAAAGACUCAGUGAAGCUAUAGUCAUGGUAGUGAUAGGUUUGGGGGUAGCAUUACACAUUGAACUUUUCCUCUUGCCACAUUAUCCCAGCUGGUUCAAAGCCCUGCAGAUAGUAGUCACUUUAGUAGCCUUUAUUUCAUUUGGAAUCACUUUAAUAGUUAAAUACAUUUAUCCAGAAAAAGGACCCAAGAGACUUCAAGUAGAAUAAAUUUAAAGUGACCUUGGGGUCAGCCACAGUGGUACAAGUGGAAGGGUGCUACUGCAUGGGCAAGGUAGCACAUACCUGUGGUCCAGGCUGGGGUAGGAGGAUCAUGAUGAGACCCCAUUAAAAAGUACAUCUCUCUCUCUCAUUAAAAAAUGUUUUAUAGAUAACAUGUUGGCUACUUUCCUUGUAAGGCUGCAUUUUGCCAUCACCCUUUCUACUUUCGUUUGGCCCUUUUUCCCCACCAAUGGUAGUUUCUUCUUUACAGAAUGUUCUCGUCUCUAGAAAUUGUCAUUUCAUAGGGAUUACUUGAGCAAGAGAUUGAAAAUCCCUAACAAUACUUUUUCAUGUCAUAUUAGGUUAAUUUUCAUGCAGACUUUUAAAUGAAUUAUAUAGUAAUCCAUUUAAACAUUUCAAUGUUUUGCCUUUAAAAAUGUAAAAUUUUUUUACAAAGAUGAAAAACUCCCUUUGUUAGAUAGAGCCUUAUGUCCAUUAAAAAGAACAUACACAUUCUUCUCCUUCAAGAGGAAAACUUUGUAUCUAUGAGUGUCUGAAAAUAAAAGGUAGAUCCAGUGUGGCAUUUUCAUAGCAGUUGCCUCUAGAAAUGCAUGUCCAAGCUUAUUUUAUCUGGUAUAACCUACUUGUAUGAGCUGAAAUGAUGUGGCUCUAAAGUCAGUCAUGAAGGAAAACCACGCUCAAAGAAAAACUGGAUACGUUUUCCGGUUUUUAUCAGGAUUUGGCAUGGUAUGCGGCUUAACUCCUUAUCACCAAAUGUGUAACACCAACUGGUAAAAAAUACUUAAAGCCUAAGUGUCGUAUAUGUCAUAUGAAUUAGGAAGGAAGAGUCAAGCUGGAACCAUCUCAGUGCUCUAAGGAGCAGGCUUAUCUAGUUAAUAUUUUAAAUUCAGGAGAGGCUUUUUUAAAUAAAAAAA